CGCGAUACCACUCACAAUGAAAUCCACCAACAUUUUAUGGGGACACAGCCCCAGCAUAAAGUCUGAAGCAGAUGUUAACGAGGAACUAUCCUACCUAUGGAUCGCCGAAGAGACAGAUUUAUGCCAGGUUGUUGACGAUGUGGAAGCAGCAAAACAUAAGAAGGAACAGCUGGCCUUUGCAGAUCCAUUUGAUGAAGAUGAAGUCGAGAGAAAGGUUUUGACAGCAAAACCCAUGUGUUUCUUAAUUGUGGGAAAGCCAUGUGUUGGGAAAAAAACUUUGGCUAAAAGCUUAGCAGACGCAUGGAAGUCGAUAUUAGUGGAACCUCUGCAACUUAUACAGGAGAACAUUGAUGGAAACACAGAAACUGGGCAAAAGUUUCAGGAAUGCCUACUUAGAGGUGAGAGUAUUAAUGAGGAGCUAGUAAUGAAUUUGAUGUUGGACAAGCUCCGAUCUCCAGAGGUUGCUCAUCGGGGUUACGUUUUAUGUGGAUUUCCUACUCUGUCUGAGAACUACUUGAAUAUUCCAGAGCAGAUACAGCUCAUAAAAAAUAUGAAUCUAAAGCCUGAUUUCAUCAUUAAUAUUAAGUGUCCUGAUUAUGACUUGUGUGAACGUGUAUCUGGACAACGUCAAGAUGCUCUCUCGGGGAAAAUAUACCAGCGAGAACAAUGGAAUCCAGAUAAGGUAGAGAAAGCUGAAAACAAAGGAGAAACUGAGGAAGAGGAGAAUGAAGAAGAAGAAGAAGGUAUAGUUGAAGAGCUUGAAGAUGAAGAGAAUUUAGAAGUUGCACAUUUAGUGAGGAGACCUGAAGAUCUUCUUUCAACUGUUGAAAAACAUGUGGCCCUAUACAAAGACAAAAUGCUGAGGCUUUUAGAGGAUUAUAUGGCUGAUCAUGACUAUCAAAAUCUGAUAGAAUUGGAUGGAAACAAAAAACCGAAUGAGUUGUUUAUGUCAAUGAUGUAUAAAUUGGAAUUCUUGGGCCUACAACCUGCAGCUCUCGUACAGCCUCUACACGAUGAGGAGGAAGAAGAAACACCAGAAGAACUUGAUGAUGAUGAUCUGUUCCGAUCUGUUGCAGCAAUGAAGCGUAUAGCACCUGGAUACCGCUGGCGUAGGAGCAAGUGGGGUCGAACAUGUCCUGUAUCUUUAUUUGAGGGAAAUCUUGUUAUGGGCAAAUUUCAGUUUUCUGCAAGCUAUUUGGACAAAAUGUAUUUCCUUUCAUCUGAAGAAACUUUGAAAAGGUUUAUCUCCAAUCCUCGACCAUAUCUUCUCCCUCCACAGCCUCGUCCACCUUGUAAGGUUGCAAUAUUGGGUCCAAAAUCUGCAGGAAAGACCACUCUCUGCAAAUUGAUUGCACAGAAAUAUGAUGCAAAGAUUCUGGACAUGUUUCAGCUUUUGGAGCCACAGCGACAGAAAGUGAAGUUUGACAAUAUUGAACGAGUUCGGGUAGAAACACUGCAAUCAGCAUUACUUACUGUUAGAGAUCAACUGGAAAAAAUGAUGCUAGAGGAAGCUCAAGCUGAAUUUGAACGGCAUGCAGCUUUUCCCGUUAAUUUGGAGGACGCAAUUAUAACUGAGGAAGAUGAGGAAGGUGGAGAUGAAUCAAAAGAAACAGAUGCAGUAAGAGACUCUCAGCACUCUCAGGUAGCACCCUCAGAAGAUCCAGAAGAAGCUAAAAACAAGGAAGAUUUAACAAAAGUAUCUUUUGAUAUAGAAGCUGCAAAACAAAAAAUGCAAAUUCCAGAGGUGACUGAGGAACACCCAGAUGUAAAGGAAAUUGUGAAUAAGGCUAUUCAGGAUGCAAUGCAGGCUCCUGUGGAACUGCCAAUGAAUACUUACAUGGAUGCGUUGAUAAAAGCUAUUUCAGAGUUUGGUGAAGAACAAAAAGUGAAAAACCCUGAUCAUCCCAUGGCUGGGGGUUGGGUGCUGGAUGAUUUCCCAGAAACAACAGAUCAAUGUAGAGUAAUGGUAGAGCUAGGUUUUGCUCCUGAUAAUAUCUUCUUGUUGAGUAAUGCUGUGAAUGAUGACAAGCCAUGUUAGAAGCUUUAAGAGACACAGAAGUAGAAAAUCAACAGACAGAAUCACUGGAGAUGAAAGGGGAAGAUGAAGGAGAAGACAAACCAUAACCAAGCAGAGGG